CCUUUAGCCCACCCACAGCGACUGAAUUCGAUGUUACACAAAGAAUCAUGGAAGUCACUAUAGAAACGAUUAGUUAUGUUAACGGGUGAAUACUUUUUUUUUUAUUACCAAAGUUGAUAGCAACCUAGAAUAGCUAGUGAAAACAUAAUAUAAUAAUGAAAUAAUUUCAAGGUUGCAUCUUAGCACGUGCGUGAAGUGCCUGGUAUUUAUGUUGAAUAACGAAAUAAGUGACCGCUAGGCAUGCUGAGUUACUGUGUAAAACGACUAAUUUUCAUAAAUGAGAAUGUUCCAAAAACAACACUAUGCCGGUUACCUGCUACAUGUCAGCACAGCAGGGACCGUGGUAUUAAAACUUCAAUUUCUGACGCGGAGGAUUCUGAUCACACCAAAACAUUGAUGCAAAUAUGCGCUGAUAGGUACUACAUUGCUUCUGGUCAACUUAAUAUAGACUCCUUUCAGCGUGGAACCAGCUGUGGGUAUGGACCAAUGGGACUGGAACUUCGGAAGAACAUUUUGGAACAAUGGUGGAAGUCUGUGAUAGGUUCCAGGGCUGAGGUGUUUGGGAUAAGCACCUUGCAUACCAGUAAGGGGAGCAACACUAAUAUAGAUGGACACUGGAGGGUUGUUGACGCUGGGAACAUGAGUCAAUUACUUACACAGAAAGAUUUAAGUAAGGACCAACUUAUUCAGAAGCUACAGACUCUUUUUGAGAAAGGUUCAUCUGUUCGAACAAGUCUUCUCCAAGGUGCAUUGGAACAAUAUGUGCCCUCUUUGGAACUGGUGAACAGGAAGCUACCGUUUGGCCUGGCAGAAAAAGGCUUGUGCUUCCAGCCAUCAAAUGGAUCUGAUUGCCCAGAGGAAGUUACCCUGGCUUCUCUGGUGUGGUUCUGCUCACCUCGUACCUCCUCACAGUGGCUCGACUACUGGGCACGUCAUCGUCUGCUGUGGUGGAAAAAGUUUGCACUGGGCCCUUCUGACUUCAGCUGCAUCGACGUGGUGGGUGAGGAGCUGAGAGAAGGGGCAACUCGUGGGGUGAAGAUAGUAUACAGCUUUCCAUGGGGCCAAGAGCCCCUGGAGACACUCUGGAGCCGAGGAAAUGCCGACCUGCUGCAGACACACAAGGGUUCUCGCUCCAAACUCCAGUGUCGAGACGGGAGGAAGUCAGUUGUCCCCCACAUCGUCUCUGUAACGGGAAACGUGGAUCGUGGUGUGCUGGCAUAUCUUCACAACUCACUUCAGCAAAUGAAGAACGCUGAUAGCAAGCAGAGACUACACCAGAGAAAGGUUUUGAAGCUUCAUCCCAUUUUGGCUCCAGUGAAAGUGGCCUUGGACAUGGGAAGGGGACCCACUCAGGAACUUAGACAGGUUUGUGAAGGCUUGCUCAAGGAGUUGUUGGAAGGGGGAAUCUCUGCAUGGCCUGGAUAUUUUGAAACCAUGCCAACUUCUAUGGAGCAGCUGAAUAGAAAGUAUGAUGAGAUGGGAGUGAUGUUCACGGUGGUGAUCAGUGACAGCACACUGGAGAGUGGUCUACUCCAGGUGCGCAGCCGUGACACCACCAUCAAGGAGACCAUGCACAUCUCCGAGGUCCAGAACUUCGUUUCCAGAUACAUAACUGCUGCAGAGAACAUCUGAAAAAAUAAGGGGAUUUGAUUAUCUGGCUUGGGUAGCUUGUUUUGGAACCAGGCUGUUUCAUUUCAUCUGCCAAAGGACAAUGAGAAAAUACUUAGUUGAAAAAUUAUAUUUGAGAAUGACGCACAAUGCUUUCUUGUUGCAAACAUGACAGUGCCGCAGAUUAUUGUUUAUUUUGAGAAGAUCACUCCUCAUCACGCCGGUAAGCCAAGGGUUAGAAUCAAAAUCACUGAUUGACGGAGCUAUUACAUGUAGGCAUCACAGACUGAAAUGCGUUAGAUAACCAUACCUCACUCUCUUGAAUUUUCUGUAUUAAAAUAUUGACCGUGUUUACAAUUUUUACUCUGUGUUAAUCAUUGUGAAUGACUUGUAUUCAAAUAUACUGUAUUUUUGUAAUGUACACGUCAAGAUUUUCAUAAAAAGCUACGUCUAGUACGUCGA